UCUCUCUGCAAGAGAAAGAAAGAAGCCAUGGAUUUGAUCAACAAGUUCUUGAAUUUGGUGGCACCGCCCUUCACCUUCUUCGCCCUCCUGCUUUUCUUGCCACCGUUUCAGCUUUACAAGUUCUUCCUCUCCAUCCUCCGCUCCGUCUUCCCCGAGAAAGUCGCCGGCAAAGUCGUCCUCAUCACCGGUGCCUCCUCCGGCAUCGGCGAGCAUCUGGCUUACGAGUACGCUAGACGAGGAGCACGCCUGGCGCUGUCCGCGAGGAGGGAGAACCUGCUGAGCGAAGUCGCCGACAGGGCUCGGAAGCUCGGGUCGCCUGACGUUGUGACGGUCCGAGCCGACGUCGCCAACGUUGACGACUGUAAACGAUUCGUUGAAGAAGCCUUCAACCACUUUGGAAGAUUGGACCAUCUGGUGAACAAUGCUGGGAUCAGCCAUGCCUGUAUACUUGAGGAAGUGGAGGAUGUCACCAAUCUAAGACCCGUUAUGGAUAUCAACUUCUGGGGCUCGGUGUACGCCACACAAUUCGCCGCCCCCCAUCUUAGGAGCAGCCGAGGUAAGAUCGUCGUGCUGUCUUCGUCGUCUUCCUGGCUGCCAGCACCAGGAAUGGCCAUCUACAAUGCAAGCAAAGCAGCAAUGGUAGCCUUGUUCGAAACUCUGAGGAUAGAGUUUGGCCAUGACAUUCACAUCACGCUUGUUGCACCAGGCUUUGUGGAGUCCGAAUUCACCCAAGGCAAAUACCUUGAGAAGGAUGGCAAGCUAACAUUUGAUCCCGAGAUGAGGGAUGUUCAAGUGGGAGCGGUCCCAAUCGCGAGAGUGGAGGGCUGCGCCAAGGCGAUCGUGAACAGCGUUUGCCGGGGCUACCGAUACGUGACGCAGCCGGCAUGGUUCAGGGUGACCUACAUCUGGAAGCUUUUCUGCCCGGAGGUAAUAGAAUGGAUAUACAGAAUGAUGUAUCUGUCCGGGCCAGGGGCCUCAGCAAAGGGAGCAAUGAGCAAGAAGAUCUCGGACUUGACUGGACCCAAGAAAGUCGUCUACCCAGACACAGUUCAAUCUGCUGAGCUAAAGACAGAUUGAAUGUGUCCACAUCUGUCUCAUGAUCUCCUAGAAGUCUCUGUGGGUGGUAUGUUUGUGGGUUUGUGUGUAAGAUAUUUUUGUCUUUUGCGGGGUGGUGGGUUGUUGCUAUAAAUAAAUAAGAGGAAUGGUAUGUUCAACUUGGAGGGUUUCUUCUGUGGAAGAAUGGUUAAUACCUUGUAUGAUUAUGUUAGUGUUUUUGGUUAUCUCUAUUGUUCAAUUUAUAUAUCUUGAGAUUUUUUUAUUAGCA